GUGGUGGUGUGUAAGGCGAUGUUUCACCGAAUUCCCUGGUUCGCAUGCUGAAAUGGACCGGACCGGGUCGCGUGCGUCCUUUCUCAGGGUCCGUGUGUUUGUGUGAAGCGGCGCGCGCGCGCGUUCCAGCCUGUGUAUCUCGGACACAAAGGAAUUAACGCAAAAGGUUGUAGAGGAACAUCGCAGCUAACGGAUCGUAUAUUUAGUAGGUUUACUGUCCCGGUUUUGGAGAGUGUCGGAGGGAACCGUGUGGAGACCAGGAGGUGUGUGUGUGUGUGAUGAGGGGUGUGUAGUGAUGAAGAUGAUGAAGAUGAUGAUGGUGAUGCUGAGCCUGGCCCUCUGCUGCAUCUCUACAUGACAGAGAUGCCUGAAACUGGAAGGCAGCCACGCCGGAGGAUGGACGUCUUCCAUGGAGGAAACACGUCAGGUUCAUGCAUUAUGUCAUAAACAGCAAGCAGGAUGGAGAAGUCAGAGGGAGAAAGGGCAGGUUUGAGGGCAAUGCCUGUGAAGGCUCGGCGUCUGAUUGGCUGCUGCUUGCUCCUGCUCUUGGCAUUGAUGCUUGUUUCCAUAGCGACUACAAGCACACCUGUGUCAGAGAAACUCCCGUCCGGUCUAUCCAAACGGGACUCUGGUUUCUUCCCGACACACGCAGGCUUACAACAAGCUUUGUUAUCCUUAUCGCAAUACUCAACAAAUCCCAGAAGCAAAGCUCAUACAUCAUCAGAUGCCAAGCAUCCUGCACAGCCUGUUCGCCAUGACAAUGCAUCUGGCAUAGCUCCUACCCCAUCCCUAGGUGCUGAUGGUGGGUCAGGUAACCUAGGUGAUAGUGCACAUGGCAUUCACCUGCUGCUACGUCCUCCAGACCUUCUCACACCAAGUCAGAUGCCUCCUCUUCAUGGCCACAGCCCACCUACACCGGCUCCUCCUACUUUGCUUACACAUGAAGACUUGGACUCUGCUCAGUCUACAGAAGUAGACUGGGGUUCUGGGGAUUACCUGGAGACUUUAACCUUCAUGGGCUCUGACGGUGAUGACCUUUCGUUGGUCUCCACCCUUCCAACACAUGGAUAUGACUCAUAUGAAAUUGAGGAUGACAAUGCUGGAGUCCGUUACGACACCGACUUUCCAUCACGGCCCGUUCUAACUCUUUCCUCUGGGCAUCUGCUCCCGAGUGUAACUCUUGGAUAUGGAACUAGCCUAAGGACUGCCCACCCUUCUGAUCCCCGCCUGCCCCAUGUCCCUGAUACUGCCCCGGAUGAUCUGGAUUUUGACUGGGCAGAACUAUACCCUAUUGAACCCACUGAAAUGCUGCUUCCAGAUAUGAACAGUAUGGAGUAUUACAACACGCUACUGGCCAAAGAGAAUGCUAGUGCUGCUCGCAACCAGACACACCUGACUCCCCCUCAUAUCACUCCUACAGCGACUCAUACACAACUUACAGGCUCCACGCACACACUCACCCCUUCUCUGGGUGUUGGCCCUAAUACAGUAACAGAACAAGUGGAUACACCUCACUCCAUACCUGGAGUUACCCCCACUCCUCCACAAAAACCUACUGUACAGCCUUCUGAAGUACCUUCUUACCCAGGGAAGGGGUCUCCUCAACCAGCUUUACCAGACGCUAGUAAACAACCUGUAGUUCCAUCAGCCCCACCCGUUAUCCCACAGGGUCCAGUCGUCCAGGCUGUAACAGUUAAAGUCCCUUCUGCUCACACACCUCAAACACCUACCAAAGCUAUGACUACCACUACAACAACUACAACCACCGUGUCCAAACCAGUACCUCCUGCUCCCAGAAUCCCACUUCCCAUUGCACCCCGGCAGUAUGUCUGCAACAUCACCAAGCAAGACAUGUACUUGGUCAGAGUAGGCAUGCCAAGUGCGACCUCUGUGGCGUUUGCGAAGGCUCAUGUGAAGGAGAUUUUGAGGCGAGAGUUCAACCGGACAGUAGAGCUGCAGGUACUUAAAGCUCCACCCAAUUUUGUUUUCCGGGCCGUAUCUGGCCCAAACGUAUACACUGCGGUGUCAAUCAUCAACACCCUCCGCCAAUCAGCACGCAGCACCUCGUCCUCCACAAUCCUCACUGUCACACCAAUAUAUCCCGUACCUGAACACAUCAAUCAGGUGCAUUCAGUUUUGCAGUUUGUUCCGAGCCACGUGGACGUGCGUGUGUGCAGCUUCAGUGAGCGUGUGGAGCGGGGACUCUUCAUGGCUUAUUCAGAAGUUCGCAGGCGAUUGCAGGAGAACGGAAACUUCUCUGUUCUUAUCUUGAACAUCACCGUGAGUUUGGCGAAAGGCCAGAAGCAGCAGAAAACUCCAGUGGACAUAACGUUCGCCAUCCGAGAUUCUCACGGCUACCUCAGAGGCUCCGACGUCAGCGCUCACCUGAGACAGCUGCAUGUGGUGGAGUUCAGCUUCUACCUGGGCUUUCCUGCAGUGCAGAUCGCAGAGCCUUUUCAUUAUCCGGAGCUGAAUGUAUCUCAUCAUUUGCGAUCGUCUUGGGUAAAGACAGUGUUACUGGGCGUGUUAGAUCAGCGUGUGAGUGAGCGGACGUUCCAGGCUAAAAUGGAGAGGAGACUGGCUGUGUUGGUGGGAGAGGGGCUUGGGCUCGGCGGUGGGCGUCGCUGGAGACGAGCAACCACUGUGGGCAACAACAGCGUGCAGAUUGUACGAGCUUUACGCCUGGACGGGGCAGAUAACCCUCUAGAGCUGGUGUAUUUUGUGGAGGCGGGGUCAGGUGAGCGGCUGUCGGGUCUGACUACAGCUGCCAUGCUGAACAGACUCAACCUGCAGAGGGCAGCAAUUGUGUUGGGCUACCGUGUGCAUGGGAUACUGGCUACACCGGUGGAGAAGUUAUCCCUGACCCCGUCUGAGACGCAGCCCAGUAAUGUGUGGCUGAUUAUUGGGGUGGUGGUCCCAGGGGUGGUGGUCCUCCUCAUCAUCAUCAUCCUGUACUGGAAACUGUGCCGCUCUGAGAAACUGGAGUUCCAACCAGACGCCAUGAGCACCAUCCAACAGAGACAGAAGGUCUGGGUCGAACCAUUUCACAGUCUCCAGGCCCCGAGUGUGAAAGGCUUUGACUUUGCCAAGCUCCACCUUGGACAGCAUAGUAAAGAUGACAUCAUGGUGAUCCAAGAACCCUCUCCUAUGCCUCCAUCUGUCAAAGAGGCCACGCCUUCUGAAGGUGGAGAACUGAACACACCUAAAUCCAAAAGCUCAUCCACUAAAGUGUCACGUGCAGCUCGAAGGAGGAGCAGAUUGUCCCCAUCUGAUGGUGACUCAUUGGCCAGUGAGGCGUCCAGUGGUCGAGAGUCAGCUGAGGAAAGCACCAGACCUGCAGUCACACCCAGUGACAGCAAACCUCAUCACCGCAAGAGCAAACAUGCCAAGAACAAACUCGGCGCGACAUCAGGCAGCGGAGCUGAUGAACAGUUAUCUUCCUCCUCCAUAUUUGACCAUGUGGAUCGACUGUCUCGAGGCUCGUCUGAUGGAACACGCCGGGUCUCCAAUAAAGUCCAGUUAAUCGCCAUGCAGCCUGUUCCGAGCCCACCCUCUCAUCCGCAUAACCAAGCCCUAAGCCCCGCCCUCAGUGAAAGGAUGGCGGAUGGAGGCAAGGUUAGCUCAGAGAUCCAGGUUGCUCUCAGGCAUAAGUCUGAGAUCGAACACCACCGAAAUAAGAUACGACUGCGAGCCAAGAGAAAAGGCCACUACGAGUUUCCGUCCAUGGAGGACAUUAUAGCGGUGUUCGGAGACAGCUCAGAGCAGCAGCGAGUGUAUCAGCAAGCCCAGGAGCAAAUACACAAGAUCCUGCAUCCUAAUACACAAAUAGCUUCACCCAACAGAGAGCCUCACAGGAGAGGCAGACGUUCUCCCAGACAGCGUCAAAGGCAGAAUUUGAGUGGAAACAGCAGCCUGACAGAUAAAGAUCGUCUCAUUUCGGAUGGCGAUGCCACAUACAGGAAGUACCCGGGAGUCAACAAUGUGGCCUACAUGUCGGACGCAGAUCGGCUCCCUGAUGUCAGCAGCCCUUCCCCGACUGACGAGGUAUUUGUUGACCCGGGGUCUCCGCCUCCUGGACCUGCCCCUGCUCCACCUGCUUAUAUUCCACCUCAGCCAAGCAUCGAAGAGGCGCGUCAGCAAAUGCACUCUCUGUUAGAUGAUGCAUUUGCCUUGGUCUCACCCUCCUCACAGAGCAGCUCCGCCCCUCUGAACAUCACUGGGGUAACAACAAUUCCUGGAGAGGAAGGAGUCAGUCCUGGUCCACCCUCUAGUCCACCAGCGCGUUCUGUCCGCCAGUGGGGCUCGUCAUCCUACCCAGCAGCCCCUGCACACAGUCCCUUCUCUGCAAGGUAUGCUGAAUUAGGAAUGUCCCCUACAUCUUUACAAAACUUAUUGCACAGGCAGACGAUGGGCUCAGGAUAUCUGGCAUCUGGGGAGCUACAGUCUGAUCCAGGUUACACAAGCAGCGGACAGUAUGGGGAUGAUAUCUCAUCAUCCUCCCGACCACGACCUGUAGGGGGCAGCACAGGUGCACAGUUACAUCAGCUGACACAGGUAGGCCUGUCCAGUCAGAUUGCUGUGUAUCCCGGAGUGGGACGUAGUGUAUCCGGACCCUCAGGAUCCAGCUGGGCCCAGUACCGUUCAGACGAAGAGGUCUCCAGACCUGGAAAUAAUCCGGAGGCUAUCCUGUCGUUCUCGGAGUACUCCUCAUCUCCCGUGUUCCAGAUGCCCAGGUCGUCCCUUAGAGAUCCUCCCAUGCCCACAGCAGGCUACAGCGGUCUGGAGGAAGCCUCUCCAGCUGUGCAGUCCUCAGCUUCACUUAUCAAGGCCAUCAGGGAGGAGCUGCAAAGACUCUCCCAGAAACAACCAGCCAUGACAGUCUACCACAGUUGAGAAACACCUUGCCGAACACUGGCUAAACUCCGCCCAUAGUUGGUCGCUGAACUAGCUGAUUAUAAACAUGCUACCUAAUCCCUCACUGAAUACAUGCACCAGAGCCACGGUUUGUAUGAACCCUAUUUCUAUUCAUAUACAGCAGGCUGGACUGAUACUUAAAGAGAUACCACUGCUGAGCAACAAUACAUGGACCAUUUGGAUAAAACCUGAGGAGGGAAAAACCCCCAGCAUACCACCAAUCAAACAUCACUAACUUAAAAUACAACAAGUCACCUCACUCACGAAUAUCCAAUAGAAACUCUUCUCUCCUAAACUGCAUGCUAUUUGGAAAUAGUUAUACAGAAGAAAAAAAGAGACGUUUGUGAUUUUUUUUUCUCAAAUCCAGCGUGAGACCCCUUCUCUCCUCAGUGCCAUUUCUUACAUGUCGGUCAAAGUGCUUCCUUCAGAAGGGUCAUCAUCCAACCCCUCGAUUUCCUCUGGUGCUAAAUCUCAUUCCCAUUUUCACCAACCAUGCCUAAUAAUUGUAGCAGUGAUCACCAAUGGCUUUUCCUUUAAAUCUACGUUCAAUUUCUGUUCAAUUUAGUUCCAAAAAAAAAAACCCCACCGAUGAAGGAUACCAUGAUUAUGUGUGUUACAAUGGCUGGACGAUGGCUUUAAACAGGGAAAGUAUAAAUAGUCUAUUAUACUCAAAAACUUUCUUGUAUCAUUUGAGAAGAGUUUUGGGAUGAAAGGAUGUGAGCUAAUCAGAUGACACGACAUCAGAUAGAGAAUGACGAAAUAAACGGAGGCUGUGAACAAAGGAUGUUAUAUUUGGAUCAACAGUAGUCAGAAAGAACAAGAGGCGCAACGUAUAAGAGCUCUAUUUAUGAGACCGAUGACACAUCCUUCGUACAAUUUAACCAACUACAAUUCUCUUGUCUUUUACUGCGAAAUAUGCUUUGUUCGGCGUUAGAGGUUUAGUUAUAAAACCGUUACUUCAUCCAUGUUCUCCCUGUGCCUUGGGGGUUUCUCCAGGUUCUCCAGUUUCAUCCAUCAGUCUAAAGACAUGCAUUGUUGGCCGACUGCCAUCUCUAAAUUGUCUGUAUUGCGUGAUAGGGUGUGUGAGUGUAUGUGUUAUUGUUCCCUGAGAUAGACUGUCCGGACUGACCCCUUGCCCUGUGCUCCGAAUCUCCUGGGAUAGAUUCCCGGUUCCCCAAGAGCCGAUAAGCAUGAUAAGCAGUGUGGAGAAUGAAUAGAUGGAUGGAUGGACAAAAAAAUCAUAGAUAUGGUGUGUAGGAUGCUCUGUUUGAGAACGCACAAUCAACACAUAGAAGUACAAAAACAACUUACAACACGGCUGUUUUUUUUUUGUUUGUUUGUUUUUUUGCUUCAAACCAUCCAUUUAAUGUAACGCUAGAUCUUCUGGAACAGAUUUGGUGACCACUGACUUACAGAGUUUUACCCAUGUCCCGUCUUCUGUCCAAUCUCUACUCUUCAGUCCAUUUGUGCAUCAUCACAAAAAAGUAGCCACUCUGUUGCCUGCUCCAUUUCUCCAGUGGAUCAAAAUGCCAAAACGUUCACUCAAGUUAAAAGAAGGAUUACGUCAUGAGACCCAAACUGAAGGAAAAUUGUUGCUCGGUAUCAUCACGACUUUAUGUCACCGUCUAUUCAGAAUGCUGGGACGAAUUGUAUUUGUAUUUGUUUUGUUUUUUUUUGAGCUUGUUUUUGCCUGUGAAUCGUGAGAGUUUGGCUGUGACGUGAGCCGGUGUCUUCAUUUAGAGUAGGGCACGCUUAACGCUUUCCCCCUUGGUGUGGAUAGUUCUCAGUUUACAGCUGUUUGUUUUGCACAGUUUUUCAUCUUUGCACAAUGUUUUCACAGUUGCAAUGCUAAAAAUUCUUAUAAGGGUAUCUAGAGAUAAGAGAAAACUAUUCAGUACAGAUC